GGGGUUUCUUCUCCCAAUAGACUUGCGACCAACAAGCAUCGAUGCAAAGCGUUUUUUGUGAACAUUGCCUACCUAGGGUCUGGCCAGACCUGACGUAUAAAAGACCACGACAGAGUGCCGUAGUCUUGACAUUCACCUUAAGUUCAUUCGACCUUGAUGUCAUCCGCCUCGGCUUCUCGUCCACGUUGUCCUUCAGCUUUGCCUUCGACCGCUGACCACAUCUCAAGGUAAGAUUGAUUUCGAGCGACCGCCCGCAAGAUAUCCCAUAAUGGUCCGACUUCAGCUACUUGCGUCUGUCACGCUGGCUCUUGCUAUCGCACACCAUGCUGCUGCACUCCCUGGCACCUUGGACGUUUUGUCUCUUAUAGAUGGACAAGUAAUGCAGCCUCCCCCUCGGAUCGACCCGGCCUGGCAGCAGGGAGAGCCUAGUAACACCAACGGCCUCAUGACUUUUACUAUGGCGAUCCAGUCUUCUGACGUCUCAGGGUUAGAGAAAAAAAUGCUCGCUAUCUCCGAGAGCCACGAUGGGCCCAACGGAGGCAUGCCCUGGCUCAGUGAGGACGAGCUCAAGGCCUUUGCCAUGCCUUCGGAGCCCAGCUUGAAUGCGGUCCGCGAUUUCCUCUCCGCCGCUGGCAUUAAAGACGGCCAGAUCAAAUACUCGAAGUUCAAAGACAGAGUCACUGUGCAAGGGGUCACUUUGGGCCGCAUUGCACAGCUUUUUGACGCCCAAUUCUUUGACUACAGCCUCAAAGGCCAGCACGAGGUGGCUCGCACGCUGACGUACACCAUCCCUGCAUCACUGAAAGGCACAGUGACCACCAUCUCACCCUUCAAUGUGUUCAUGAAUGUCAAGGCCAUGACGACCAAUGUUCGCCCAAUGCUACCUGAGGGCGUGCCCGCCGUCGCCGAACCCGACUCGCUCGAAAGUCGGCCCGCCGGCAGCCGCGUGUCUACAUUGGUAGGAGCGAAGCGCCAUCACACGACCAUGCGUCGUGGCUCGGCCGCUGAGCGUACAUCGCACAGAGCUCAAAAAUCGUACACGGAGUCAAUCGCGGCUCCCUCAGCAUGCAGUCUCACUGCAGUGACGCCCGCCUGCCUUCGAAGUCUUUACAAAAAUGAUCUCUACAAGCCCCAGCCUCAUCAAGCAGGUGAAGAUGUUGCCAUUAUGGGCUACAUUGAUCAAUCUGUUUCGCAAGCGGAUCUCACCGAAUUCCUCAAGAUAUAUCGUCCAGAGGCGGCGGAUGUCCUGUUGCCCAUUCGAAGCAGCAGGGAAGCUAUUAAUCUCGAACAGAACCCAGGUCUCGAAGCGAUGCUGGAUGUCGAGACCGUGGUCUCUCAGAUCUGGCCGCUCAAGGCUGCUUUCCAAGAUGUCGGUACGUAUCUCACCCAAGGCGAUGUCUUUCAGAUUGCUACCCAAGAUUUUAUUGACAAGUUCGACCAUACCGACCGCCCCCGCGUCGUCUCAACGAGCUACGGUGCCGACGAGACAGGCAUGACACUGGAUCAAGCGCAGCUCCUGUGCGACUCUAGCAUGAAGCUCUCAGCUCUAGGCACAACCCUUAUCUACUCAAGUGGCGACAAUGGCGUUGCUGGAACGCAAGGGCCCCCCGAAGGAACAAAUACCUGCCCAGAAUUUACCCCAACUUACCCGAGCGGCUGUGCUUUUGUGACGAGCGUCGGCGCAUUGCAGAAAUUUGCACCAGAAGUAGCCGUCGGCCAAGAUCUCGCAGGCUACUAUGGCGGGGCUGGCUUCAGCAACUAUUUUAAAGUGCCUACUUGGCAGCACAGCGCUGUGACGGAGUACUUUGCCCGAGACGUUGCAUCGACCCCUCCCGCAGAGGGCAAUUAUAAUCGAUCCGGCAGAGCUUAUCCGGACCUAUCAGCUCAAGGAUACGCUUAUGCCAUCGUGCAAAAUGGCCAGAAUCUCACCGUUUCCGGCACGUCGGCCAGCGCACCGACCAUUGCGUCUAAUAUUGCGCUGCUGAAUGAUGCGCGCCGUCGGAAAGGCCUCGGCACGCUCGGCUGGCUCAACCCGGCGCUGUACCGCGACUCACGCGGAUUCACCGAUAUAUUGAAGGGCGGCUCGUUCGGAUGCACUAACCUCCCCACGCAGGCAGAGGACAACCGCUUUCCCGUCGGUUCGCCUCUGCAUUCCACUGGAUUCCCUGCUACCAAGGGAUGGGAUCCCUCGACCGGUGUUGGCUCACCCGUCUUCACCGUGCUCCGCGAGCGAUUCCACGCAAACUAAUGCGUACAGAGUGACGUGUCUUUGAGCACAUCGCAUUUGCAAAGUGUGUUGCGCGACACAAUUUCGCUUCCUCGCAUAAUGUGGCUAAUAUAAUAUCAGAAAGUACGCUAACAUGUGUACAGUAUUGCAGUAUGCUCCGCAAUGGAAGCGAUGCAUUGUAAGAUAGAGA